AUGUCGAAGAAAGACAUUCAGCUCCAUCCUCGGAUGUCCAAGAAGCCUCCCUUUUCCGUGGAGGCCCCCAACUACGAGCCUGUUGAGGGCGAGAGCAUUCCCCGACGUCUGCCCGUGGCCAAAGAUGGUCUCCUCCUGCGGCCCGCGGAGGAUGUCGCGACAACCUAUGACAUCCUCAGACGGGGCGCGCGCAUGUUCGGCAACGCGAAAGCAGUCGGUACCCGUCGCCUGAUCAAGACCCACGUGGAGAACAAGAAGAUCAAGAGGAUCGUCGACGGUGUGGAGCAGGAGGUCGAUAAGCAGUGGACGUACUUCGAGAUGAGCGGCUAUACCUACUUGAGCUUUAUCGAAUAUGAGCGUCUUGCGCUGCAGCUGGGUUGCGGUCUGAACAAGCUGGGGUUGGAUAAGAGCAACAAGAUUCAUCUUUACGGCGCGACGAGUGCACAUUGGCUGGCAAUGUCACACGGUGCCGCCUCUCGGUCGAUGACGAUCGUCACCGCAUAUGAUACCCUGGGAGAAGAGGGACUGAAGCAUUCGCUGGUCCAAACUUCCAGCAGCGCCAUCUUCCUUGACCCGGGCCUGAUCCCCUCCCUCACGCAUGUCCUUGCUGACGUGAAGUCUAUUAAGCACGUUAUCUACAACACCGAUCAGGAGGUGAAGCAGGAGGAUUUGGACAAGCUCAAGGCCGAUUUCGACUAUUUGAACAUCAUCAGUAUUGAGGAGCUGCGCAAGCUCGGAGAAGAGCACCCUGUGGACCCUGUUCCGCCAUCCCCGGAAGACCUUUGUUGUAUCAUGUACACCUCCGGUUCUACAGGUCCACCAAAGGGUGUUCCCCUGACCCAGGCGAAUGUUAUUGCCGCCACUGCCGGUGUUCAAGCGAUCGUUGGACCCUACAUCGGCCCCUCGGAUGCCUUGCUUACCUAUCUCCCUCAAGCCCACAUCUUGGAGUUCAUGUUCGAGAACAUUUGCCUGUUCUGGGGUGGCACCAUGGGUUAUGGCAACCCCCGUACCCUGUCCGACGCUUCGAUGCGGAACUGCAAGGGCGAUAUUCGCGAAUUCAAGCCUACCAUCCUUGUUGGUGUACCGGCUGUCUGGGAAUCGGUAAAGAAGGGCGUGCUGAACAAUUUGAACAAAGCCAACUUCCUCGCCAGGGGCAUGUUCUGGGGAGCUAUGUCCGCAAAGAGCUUUUUGAUGACGAAUGGCUUCCCUGGAUCCGAAAUGGGUGCUUCGAUCCUGGAUGCCAUUGUCUUCCGCAAGCUGAAGGAGGCUACCGGCGGCCGGCUGCGAAUCAUGAUGAAUGGCGGUGGUCCGAUCUCCAAGGACACCCAGAAAUUUUUGUCGAUGGCCAUUUGCCCUAUGAUUAGUGGCUAUGGCUUGACUGAAACCUCCGCCAUGGGUGCUCUCAACGAUCCCAUGGCCUGGAACCCAGAAGCUCUGGGUGAUAUUCCUGGAUCGAUUGAAAUCAAGCUCGUCGAUUUCCCCGAGGCUGGGUACUUCACCAAGAGCAACCCCCCGCAGGGUGAGAUUUUCAUCCGGGGUGGUAGCGUUGCCACCUCCUACUGGGAUAACGAGGAAGAGACCAAGGCUGCGUUCACCGAGGAUGGCUGGUUCAUGACCGGCGACAUCGGUGAGUUCGACAAGUACGGCCACCUGAAGAUCAUCGACCGCAAGAAGAACCUAGUGAAGACUCUCAACGGUGAAUAUAUUGCUUUGGAGAAGCUCGAAUCGGUAUACCGCUCGUCGCCCGUGGUUGGCAACAUCUGCGUCUAUGCGGCGGAAGAUCAAGACAAGCCCGUCGCCAUUAUCGUGCCGGUGGAAGCCGCUCUGAAGAAGAUCGCGAAAGAGAAUGGUAUUGAAGGCGAUACUAUCGAAGCGCUUGUUCACAACGAAAAGCUGAAGUCGAUCGUCCUCAAGCAGCUCCAGAGCGCUGGCAAAGCUGGUGGUCUCAAGGGUAUCGAGAUCAUCGGUGGCGUUGUGUUGUCUGACGAGGAAUGGACGCCUCAAAAUGGUUAUAUGACUGCGGCUCAGAAGUUGCAGCGCAAGAAGAUUGUCACCCACUUCCGGGCCGACAUUGACCGUGCGUACGGCAAGAAGUAG